UUUCCUGUCAAAAUAACCUGUUGGUGUGUUGUCUGUUGGUUUAUGCUGUUUACACUUCUUUUUUUUUGUUAGCUACCUAUGUGUUAAAUAUGAAGCCUUUAAAAAUAAUUACAGGAAUGUGCAUGGCGUCUUACAGGCAGAAAUAAGUUCCUUCUUUCAAAGGGCUUACCAUUUGACAUAGCUAAUAGAGAAAACAAGGAAGGUAGAAGCAAGGAGUGAUGGAUGUGAUGAAAAAGGGUUUCUGUUAAUGUUUGCUGUUAGUGAAGCAAAAGUUUAUAAAAACUGCUCAUUUGCAGAAAUGUGUUUUGCAAUACAUGUUGCAAAGCUAGUCAAAACAUUUGUUAAACUAAAUAGUUUCAUUAUUAUACAUGGUCUAAUAUAUAGUGCUGAACAUGAAUAAUCUCCAAAUCAAGGUUGCUCACCUCCCUUGAAUCAAUAUGUGUAGUUUUCAUUGUAAUUGCUGAGAACAAUGGCUUGUUCAGGUCAAAAAGCAGAAAGUCAUCAUUUUAUACUGAGAACAUGGAAUAUAAGAGACUUACAACCAUAGGCUGAACAGCUACGAAGGGAGACUUUUGUACAAUGCUGACAAUAUUUCAAAACCUCUUUGCAAUAUUUCAUUAGGAUCCAGACUUAGCCAUACUAACUGAAGCCCUAUUGAUUUCAGUGGCUUCUUACAUAUGACUAAGUCUGGAUCCCAAGUGAAUGCAUAGUUUUUAAAAUAUCCAGAAAUAGGUUUUAUCUUCCUCUUACCUGAAUGAUUAGCUGUGAUAUGCAGGAGUUUGGCAAUUUUCAUUUUCCACACCUGACAUUUCUUCACAUAAAUGUAAAUUCCUUCCCUUCUCACUACCAUCGGGAGAAUGAAGGUCAUGCCACCCUUUAGAAUACUAAGCAGAGCAGAAGAAGGGGGAGCUAUCUUCUGGGAAACAAGAUUGACAAUCUUAGGCAUCAGGUCUUCAACUGCUGCUGAUAGUUUCUGGGUUGAUGCUUUAGGAGCCCAUACAGUUCUUGAUGAAAAGAUGCUAGCUGUGGUCCUUUACUAAUUUCUAAAUGUUUAAUAUUUUUAGUGAAGAGCAAGAUCAUAGAUGGGCAGUUAUCUCUAAAUAUAUUUUAAAGAUGUCUGCUUAUCUUGUAUUUGAGGAUUUAUGUUGGGAAAUGUUUUUAUUUCUGAUUCUUUUUCUUGUUAAUGAUUACUAUUAGGAAGACAUAGAUUUCAAAAUAACAGCCUAGGAAGGCCUCAGCAGUUAUAAGCAGCCUAUAAAUACAUGUGUAAAUAAAUGAAUAAAUAAAAUAGAGAUUAAAUUAUUAAUACAAAAAGCGAAAGAUUACUUUGAGUUUUACUUACAGGUAACCAGGUCCAGUAGUUACACCAAAAAGUCACAGUUUCAGGUGGAAGAAGAAGAUAUUGAGAAGCUGGAAGUCAGAAAUAUCAGUGAGAAUUGACUUAUGGAACAAUGGCAACUUGGUGCAGGACCUUUUCCUGGGUGAAAUUAAAAUUCCUGUAAAGAUGUUAGGAAGUGAUUCCUCCCAAGCAUGGUACCUUCUACAACCAAGAGAUAAUGGAAAUAAAUCUGCUAAGGGUGAUGAUCAUGGAUCACUUAGACUGAACAUAUGUUAUGCUGAAGAUUAUGUACUUCCCUCAGAGUACUAUGUUUCUCUCAGAGACUUGCUGCUAAAGUCAUCAGAAGUUGAGCCAAUUUCUGCUUCUACUGGUUACAUUUUGGCUGAGAUAUGUCCAGAUAAAUAUGAUGCCGUUCUGCCUCUUGUAAGAUUGUUGCUUCUUCAUCAGACACUAGCACAGUUUGUUACAGCAGUGGCAAAAUUAGAAUUGAAGGAUACCCAAGAAGCAAAUACAAUCUUCAGAGGAAACUCUUUAGCUACUCGAUGCCUAGAUGAGAUGAUGAAAAUAGUGGGAAAGCACUACCUGAAAGUUACCUUAAAACCAAUUCUAGAUGAGAUAUGUGAGAAUCCUAAACCUUGUGAAAUUGACCCUGUGAAACUGAAAGAAGCAGACAGUGUAGAAAUAAACAAGGAAAAUCUGCGCUACUAUGUUGACAAAGUAUUCAGUACAAUUGUACAGUCAAGUAUAAGUUGCCCUACAUUAAUGUGUGAUAUGUUCUGUUCUCUGAGGCAGUUGGCUGCGGAACGAUUUCCUAAUGACCCUCAUGUACAAUAUUCUGCAGUGAGCAGCUUUGUGUUUCUUCGUUUCUUUGCUGUAGCUGUAGUAUCGCCUCAUACUUUCCAUUUACGACCUCAUCAUCCAGAUGCACAGACUUUGAGAAUAUUAACACUUAUAUCAAAGGCCAUCCAGACUCUGGGGAGCUGGGGAAGCUUGUCCAAAAGUAAACUAUCAAGCUUCAAGGAGACAUUCAUGUGUGAAUUUUUCAAAAUGUUUCAGGAAGAGGAGUAUAUUGAAGCUGUCAAAAAGUUUUUAGAUGAAGUAUCAUCUACUGAAAGUAAAGAGCCAAGUGUCAUGAGCGAGCCAGUACAUCUUAAAGAAGGGGAAAUGUACAAAAGAGCACAAGGAAGAACUCGUAUUGGAAAAAAGAAUUUCAAAAAGCGUUGGUUCUGCCUUACAAGUAGAGAGCUCACAUACCAUAAGCAACAAGAUAAAGAACCUAUUUAUACGAUACCAGUUAAAAACAUCCUUGCCGUGGAAAAACUGGAUGAGAGUGCAUUUAACAAGAAAAAUAUGUUUCAAGUAAUCCAUGUUGAAAAACCACUCUAUGUACAGGCAAAUAAUUGUGUAGAGGCCAGUGAGUGGAUAGAAGCUCUCUGUAGGGUAAGCAGAUGCAACCAAAAGAGACUGAGUGUUUACCAUCCAUCUGCUUUCUUGAAUGGCAGCUGGCUUUGCUGCAAGGCCACAUCAGAGAAUACAGUGGGGUGUUCUCCAUGUACUGCUGGUGUACCUGCUGACAUUCAAAUUGAGAUUGAUGGAGAUCGGGAAACAGAGAGAAUCUACUCACUUUUUGAGAUCAACAUGCCAAAGCUGCAAAAGAUGGAAGAGGUUUGUGGAAGUAUAGCAGUAUAUCAAGGUCCACGGAAAGAACCAGAUGACUAUUCUAAUUUCACAAUAGAAGACUCAGUAGCAACUUUUCAAACUCUUAAGCAAGUAAUAUCAGCAGUAGAACAAUUGAAUGAACAUCAUGAAAGAUACCGAAAGAAAAGAUCAUCUAGUGCUAAAUAUGGCAGUGAAGAAAAUCCAAUUGGAAAAAUUUCCUAACCUGCAACAUAGAUGGAUUUUGAAGAAACUGGAGUAGUUUUCACUCUUUAAAAAUCCUGGUUAUAUUCUGAUUCAGAGUAUUUAAGAAUGUACAUUGUCUGGAAAUUCACUGUUCACAAUCUAUUUAAUAUUUAACAGGGGAAGGACCUUCUGUGGUAUCUGAUGUUGUUGUUGUUGAGAGGAGAUAAUGUUCAUAUUGCUUAAUAAAUUCAACAGUUUCAAAGAUUGCAAGUAAACAGAGCUUCCAGAGCUGGAAGGAACUUCUAAAGGAAUAAGCUUUUUUAAGGGAGGAAAAUAACUACCAUUGCAGAUGGGAUUUUGUAUCUGCCAAGGUAAUCAUCAUUUCAUUUGUGAAUCAUCAGAACCUAUUGUGUGGACAAUGAGUCUUGGCAAAAGAAAUCCCCACAGGUGACAAAAGGAUUUGAAGCUUUAUAUUAAGUGCACAGCCACUUUUAAAACUGUCCUUUCUUAAUCUAUGAUAGACAUUUUGUAAAAAGAAAAGAACAUGCUGGUACUUUUUAAAUGUGCAUGGACAAUUAGUGAUGAUGUUAUGUUUUUAUUUGUGAUCUUUGAAGCAGGACAAGUCAGGGAGUCUGUACAUCUUGUUUACAAUUGGAGUGAGUAGUGAAAGGAGUGACAUAAGACCACUGUCUGUAUUUUUGUCUUUUAAAAUAACCAUUUAGUAUUUUCUCUAAGUGAUCAGGGCUUUUAAAAAAAUACAAGAAUAUUUUGGUGGAAUACCAGGUGAUAGUUACCAACCAGUUUAAGAGUGGCCCUAAAGAUGAGUGGUAAAAUGGGACAUAUGUCACAUCCAGUUGCACAUAUGUCACAUCCAAUUGCAACUAGUUUUGUUUGAAAAUCACUCCAAGCACUUUAGAUAUCUGGAUAGCCCCAGAUAAUAAUUCUAGAUACUUUGUAGUAUCUAACCAUUAUGAUCAGUUAAAUGAUCAGUAUUGUGACUUAAAAAUGCUUUUGUGAACAUUUUUAUAUAUAGUUUUUUACUUGCCAGGUGAAGUUCCAGAAUCAUGUUUGCCUUUAGAAGAUGUUAAUCUUGCCUUCUUGAUAUAUUUUUAGUAAUAGACUGAUAAACAGUCUGUAUGUAAUAAACAGAAACAAACUAUUGAUUGGGAGAAGAAAAGACUAAGUUCCUUAAAUCAGUAUUAUUGAAUGUGGUACUAAAAACCUCAUCUGUGGUUUGCUGAGCACUAUAAAAAUUGAUACAUUCCUGCUGAAGUCAUGGCCAUUCUAUUUGUACAUUGCCCUUUUAGUUUACUUUGUGAACACUUCUAGUUUUUUACGGUUAAGUGCCACAAUUGUAAUUAAGAUUGUAUUAACUUCUUAAUAUAAUUUCAGUUUUGUUUUGAAGAUGCAUGUUGCUUAAAACACAUGAAUUACAGUAACCUGGAAUCUUCUAAGAAAGUGCAAAGGUUUCACCAUAAGAUUGGAAUUUGAUCCCAGGACUAGCUGUACCACUGUACCAGCAUUUAAGUGCCUGUUUCAGUGGGACUUCACUUGGACCACUCGAUAUGUAGGCCUUACCAUUAGCUGCUAUUAGUAUUUUCUUCAGGUUCAAAAUCAGUUUUCCAUGAAGCAUGGAGUGGAGUGGUUUGGGGGUGGGGGCAGCCACUGUUUAAAAAAGUCCACUGGGCAUAUGGUUUCACUAUGGAGUAUUUUAGACCAUGGCUUUUGAGUCAGGCAUGAAUAGAAACCAAACUGGAUAAGCAAUAGCAUGCAUGACACGGUUUGUGUAACCGAACACUAGAGGUUUAAACAGGCCUAUGAAAAAUUACAACUGAAUAAUAACCAGUGGCUGUAAAGCUCAUAUUAUAUAUGGGUUUCCAGUGUAAUGCAUGAAUUGUACAGAGGAGACUCCAAAAUAACUGAAGGGUAUACAGAUUGUUAUAGUAGAAACAUUACCUUUCCCAAGGCAUAUGGUCAGUAUUGGAAAAGACCAGUAGUACUGAUAGAAAUUAUCAUUGGAUAUCCUUUACAAACUUUACUACUGUUAUAUCUGAGUUACAAGAUUAUUUAGAUACAUGUAUAUUCAAAUAUAUUAGUACAUGUUAGACACUAUACCAAGACAUAGUCUACCUCUUAGGUUUAGACCCAAAAUUAAUUCAGCAUAUUAGGGGAUUAUCCAUUGAGAUUUCUUCAUACGUGUACCUAGUGUUUUGGUUUUUUUUUUUCCCUAUUAUUGAUGGAGAAACAUAAAGACACUAGAAAUUUGGUCCUUGCUGUACUGCCAGAGAGAGAUACAUUGUGUGUCAAUUGUUUUCCUGAUGCAGUGUUGUCGCUUGUUUACACAUCAACAAGAAAUAACUGUCAGAAUUAAACAUAAACUGUUAAGUUUAUUCAUAGCUUUCAACAAUGGUAAGCAUGGAGAAUGGAGCACUGUUAAUCAUAUUGGAGAAAAAAGAAAGAUGUAAGAUGGAAUUGUAUGCUUCCUGAAGAGGUUGUUUUAAAAUGCUGAAGACCUUAGUCUCCAUGGCAGGAAGGAAAUUCCACACAAAGAAGUCCUCCCUGGGCAACACUGGAACUUUCACUGCUGUGGCUACCAUGCCAGUGAUGGUGCCAAAAAGUUUGAAGACAUGAUGGUGGUCAAGGUUCUGCAGGGUUUUAGUCUUCCUUGGUUCUCCAGCAUGCCCACAGAGCUGGAAACUGUGCUGACCUGGGGAUGAGGCUGCUGUAGUACAAAACAGUGAUGGAGAAGAAUACCCCACAUUCCACCCUGACUGGUGUGAGCCAUCAUGGAUAAGGGAAUUCCUGCAGUUCUAGUCUCUCCAACACCAUCUUAGGAUUGUUCUGCCAAAUCAUUGCAUCAUAGAGAUGUGUGCUUUUAGGUUGUCCUGAGAGAAUCACACAUUCUAAUUAUGAAAGACAGACAAAUAGUCCACAAAUGCCUGAAUUGCAUUCAGUCUCUGUGCUGGACAGAGAAGCAUGGCUGACAACUUGUGCAAAAGCAUAACAUCCAGCAUUUUAUCAUUGUUUUAAAUAUAUAGACAAUAUAAAAUCAUAUCACAUGAUUUGUGACCAAUGAUAUCUAAAGCCCUCUGCAUCAGGACUGCCAAAUACCAAAGAACAUUGGGGCAAUCUUGGAUGUGGUAGAGCAUUAUAUGGAACUAGGGUAUAUUGCUGAAUAUAUGGAUUUUAUAUAGAAUGCAAUCAUUUUCUUCAAUCUUGUGCAAAGAAGGAAAACAAAGGGGCUGCAAGGCUGUACUUUUGACCCUGCCUGUGCCACAUUGCUUGUGGUGCUGUACAUAAGUUCAGCUUAACUUGUUGACUCCUGAAAAAUCCUCAUGCUAUGUGGAGCCUGAAAGAUCAGCAGUGUCCUCCACAAGUACAGAAGGCUUCAGCUUGUAAAGGUUACAGCUGAACUUGUGAGCUGCUGCCAUGAAAAUCAUAUUUAAAGUGACAACUUUAAGUCUUAACUGCAGUUGGGCUGCAAUGAUAGGGUUAUGUAGAGAAGCUUUCUAAUGUAGAUGCUGAAAGCUAUUCGAUCAUGCAGUUGAGUAUGAAGUGCUAGAAUUUGUGUUUCCUGUGAUAGUACUGCAUUUUUGGACAAUUUUGAAGCAGCACAGCAGAACCAUAUUUCUAAACUGAAUGAAUCAGUUCUGUUCCAUAACUGCUAAGACUUGCCUGCAUGUCUGGCUGUACAGGGCUGCUUACACAGUGUAAAGUAGUAGUUUUGGUCUUUCCACAGAGAAGCAGGCAAUUACAGCUCUGACAAGAGUACCUAUGCAUGUUUACAACAUUCUUUUUCAUACACGUGGAUUUUUUUUAGAUAUACACCUAAAAAAGUAAUGGGUGCCCUCAACAGCACUCCUUUAAAGUAGUGUUAUUUGAGAUUAUCAAAUCCACAUAAAACUGUAUACAUUUUUAUGUGCAUUUUGCAUAUAUAAUGCAUUCAUGUAUGCCUAAUUUACAUUUUUUGGCAAGCAUAAAUGUAUUUUUGUAUGUUCACUAAUGUACACACUUUGGUGCAUGCUUUCCCCAAUACAUACUUUUUAACUGUAGAACUACAUUGAAGAAUUCAGAAAAAAUGCAGAUACUGAAGAAAUGCAAGUACUGCCCUUUGGUGGUUUUCUGUGCUACUCUAAAUGCAAAUUGGAAUAAUUUCUCAUACUAAACUGAAUUGACUAUUUACAUAUUCAAUAGACUUAGAGUAUCAUUUGGAACAUUCAGUAUAUUAGUAUUCAGUUAUCACUUUGAUUCAUUUGCUUAUAUAAAAUGGUGUUACUUUGUUGCCUCAUUGUAUCAAUCUGUAUUAACAUUUGAAGUGGACUCAAGCAUGAUUUAAAAAUACUAGUCUUUAUGGGACCAUACGAUUUUUUAAAUUCAUGUUAUUAAUGUUUCUUAUUGUUCAUAAUAAUUAUUCUAAAAGAAUGUCUUCCCAUUUUUAAAGAAUACAACAUGCCAUGAUUUACCCAGUACUAUUUUACAAAGCAUGACAUUUAAAACAUAUUUGCAAUGGUGUUUGUUUAUGUCGGGGUAGGGGACUAUAUAACAGCAUCUAUAAUAAGGCAGAGUGUCCACAGAGCCUUUACCAAGGUUUUAAUUUUUUAAUCCUUUUAUCAGUACUCCAAAUGUCAAAUGGGCUUUGUAGACACAGAAACAAGGGUUCAAAAAUAUCACUAGUAGAAAUCUGUGAUUAUUAUCUUGGUUAGAUCCAUACUGAAUUCAACUUUAGCAUCUUUAAAAGUACUCUAGGGAAAAAAUGCACUUUCAAAAGUUAAGGUACCACAUUGUGUAGCUAAAGUACAAAGUUUUUUAAAAAAAUAUUUACAGCUGUGGGCAGGAUUGAAAGUUGUGGCCAGGGGGCAGGAUGAUUCCUAGCCCUACCCAUUCAAUUUUUUGGCAAGAAAGUAUUUCAAAUGUAGUAGAUAACCUUGAAUUAUGUUUUUACAAUAGGGUUGUAAAUUUUGAGAAGUGUGUCUACUUCAGUUAUCCUUAAGAUGGAAAGACUGCUGGAUUGACAUGUAUAUUUUACAAUGUAUUUUUAAUUUGAUAAGAUGUACUGAAUGUAUUAUUUAAUGUUUCUUUUGUUAAACAGAAGUAUUAAAGUUUAAGUAGAAUUGUUUGAAACUUGAA